ACAGGGGAACAGAUUACGAAUGCUCGUUUUUCUACCCGGAAUUAGAUCGAGGCUGUAUGUAUGCAAGUUGCUAACUUCCAGUUAGCAGAUAGAUAUUGAAGUCCGAGAGUGAAAAGAUCUCAGUAUUUUUGGGUUACACCUACUGAGCUAGCUAGCUAGCCAAUUUCACCAGCGAAAGAUGCCUAAAAAGAAGACCGGUGCUCGUAAGAAGGCUGAAAGUCGCAAGGAACGAGAGAAGCAGUUUCGGGCCAACAAAGAUCACAUUGAUGUGGCGAAGCAACCGUGCAAUUCAUCCAUGGAUUGUGACAAAUGCCAAAGGAGACAGAAAAACAGAGCUUUCUGCUACUUCUGUGCCUCAGUCCAGAAGCUGCCCAUGUGUGCUCAGUGUGGCAAAACUAAGUGUAUGAAGUCCUCAGACUGUGUGAUCAAACACCCUGGCAUCCACAGCACGGGAAUGGGCAUGGUGGGGGCAGUGUGUGAUUUUUGUGAGGCCUGGGUGUGCCAUGGGAGGAAGUGCCUGAGCACCCAUGCCUGCAUAUGCCCUCUCUCUGACGCCGACUGCAUCGAGUGUGACCGCAGCGUAAUGGAGCAUGGGGGCCGCAUAUUCCGCUGUUCCUUCUGUGAUAACUUCCUGUGUGAGGAUGACCAGUUUGAGCACCAGGCCAGCUGCCAGGUCCUGGAGGCUGAGACCUAUAAAUGCAUUUCCUGCAACCGUCUUGGACAGCACUCAUGUUUACGAUGCAAGGCAUGUUACUGUGACGACCACGCACGGAGCAAAGUGUUCAAGCAAGAGAAAGGCAAGGCGCCCCCUUGUCCAAAGUGUGGACAUGAAACACAGGAGACCAAAGACCUCAGCAUGUCAACACGCACCCUGAAGUUCGGACGGCAGGGUGUGGACGAGGAGAGUUAUGGUUAUGGUUAUAGUUAUGGGGCAUCUAGUUAUGGGUCAAGUUAUGGAGGAGCGAACCAGGAUGAUGAUGAGGAGGAGGGAUAUGAAUACCCCUACAGAGAGGACGAUGACGACGACGAUGACGACGAUGAAGAUGAUGAGGAAGACGAUGACGAGGAGGAAGAAGAGAAGGUGGCGGGCGAAGAGAAGGUGGCGGGCGAAGAAGUGGUCACUGAGGCAGUGGGUAACCUCUCUGUAGGCACCACCUGAGCACUGGGGAAAUGCCCACUGAUGGCAGUGAGGGUGUAGAAAUACUGGGAGCAUUUGUUUGGCUCCUUUUUUCCCGGUCAGGUCUCUCUGAAGGGUUAGGGCAAAGGCCCAGCAUAUUUGUUUGUGUGUGUACAUUUUGGGUUUAUUGCCCACAAGUAUCCUUGAUACUGGUGUUCCUGACUGUCACUGCAUGUAAUUACCUAAUGCCCCUUUGUGAGGAAAUAAACAAAAGAGAAAUGGAUUUCAUUGA